AUGGACCGCGAACGAGAUGGCCGGAGUCGGAGAUAUGAUGACGGUGAAGUGGUGAGAUAUGGCGCCGGAGAGUCAUGGAGGCCGACCCCGCGAGAACGAUCGCCUAGGAGGCCGAGAAGCCCUAUCAGGGAUAACAGGGCCAGAAGCCCACCACGAACUAGAAGCCCUCGCCCUCGAAGCCCGAUUAUUCCAGGAUCCGAUAGUUACGUCCCUGGGAGAUAUCCUCCACGAAGGCGCUCACGCAGUGUCGGAGAUCGAUACCGGCGCGAACGAUCCCGAGACCGCGAAAGCCCCCGUAGACGCGAGAGAAGUCGGUCUCCAAUCAGAAGAUCUCCGUUGCCUCGCCGAAGCCCACUUAGAAGAGAAUCACCGGCUAGAGAGAAUAGAUAUGAGAGGCCACGAUCGCCACGACGGGAGUGGGAGCGCGAUAGACCGCGCGACUUGGAUCGCGAGCGUGAUCGAGAUUGGGAUCGUGAAAGAAACCGAGUUAGGGACUGGGAGCGCGAUCCUGAUAGGCGAGACGAGAGAAGGUCACGCUCUCCGUUUGCUCGAGACCGCCGCCGCGAGAGAACGCCCCCACCUGGGAAAACGACACCUAUCGCCGCACGAGGCGCACCUUAUAGGCCACGCUCUCGAUCACCAAACCGACGAGACGACAGAUUUCAACCCUUCAAGCGACAUUCGCCUCCGCGAGAACUUGGACCAUCGUCCACGAUACCGUCUCGGCCCGCUUCGGAGAGGGCAGAUUCCCAAUCACAAUCACAAUCUGCAAAGACUCGCUCGCCCCUUACAUUAGAGGGCUCUCCCCCUCAUACCGCUGCUGCGACACCCUCUAUUGCUGCGAAAGAUGCACAGCGGCCCAAUACAUACGAAUCAGCCUCUGCUCAAUCCAAAUCACCACCUCGUGGCCCUGCAGCCUUACGAGCACCGCCUAGUGGUCCUGCCGCUGCUCGAGUAUCAUCAGCCGCCGCAACGAUGCCAGCUCCGCAAACCCAGAAAACCCCCCAAACUCCGAGUACCGCACCUCACAGACCGGAUACCACGAGCCCAACCAACCCUCCAUCAGGGCCUCGAGGCUAUGUGCCAUUAUCUAGAGGUUCCUCCUUUAGUUCUCGUGGCGGAAGGGGUGGAUGGAACCAAGCACCACCUCGCCAUAUGUCUGGUUCAGCAGCAUCAGCGACACCAAGUGGUCCUUCUAAUAUUCCCACUGGCCCUCGAGCAGCUUCUUCAAAUGGAGCUGGUACGGGGACGUCUCCUGCCCAGCGGCCAUUCAAUCCACCAACCGGCCCCUCAGCCCAGCACGGGAAUGGACCAAGACAUAGCCUCGCCCAGAGUCUACUAGCAACGAUGCCCCCCCUUGUUCCAGGUGGGAAAACGGAUCCCAGCAUGACGCCCUUGUUGCUUGGUGUCACCAAAGAGAUUGAGCCUCAUUAUCGAAAACUGAGAGACGAGGAGGAAAAACUACGAGAAGAGCUACGCGUGAAGCAAGAACGUCUCCGAAGGAGCAUGUGCGCAUGGAACAGGCUUGAGCGAGAUGCUCACGCGUGGGAGAUGAGGAGUGACCUAAGUGAGAAGAGCAUGAAGAAUUUGGCUGGCGAGGGAAUUGGCGGUGCGGCCUUUUAG